AUGACCGGCCCUCAAGUUCCCAUUGCCAACUGUGAUCAUGCCUUUUCUGCUUCUUUGCUACACAGUGGGGUGUCCCAGUCGGACCUGUACGUGACUCUGACGUUACCAACAGCAACAGCUGCUACGCGAAGAACCAAAACCAUCAACAACAACAACAAUCCUGACUGGAAUGAGAAAUUCAGAUUCAGAGUCCCCGUCCAGACCAAAAACGUGUUGGAGAUCUGUCUAUAUGAUGAAGACCUGAUCACCAAAGAUGACCUUGUAUCCACAGUCCUGUUGGACCUGGAGACCCUGGAGCUAGACUCGAAGGUCCAAAAAUUCUUCAGUCUGGGAUCAGAGACAAAGGAUGUGCUGGAGAUGGAGUUUGAGCUGUUGAACAGCAAAGAAAAGCCUCAAGAGUACAUCACCAAUGGGAUCCUGAUGGCACCUCCCCUGACUGUCAUGAACGUCAAAGCUAAAAACCUUGCAGACAAUAACAGACCUCUGAGCAAAGCCCCAAAGCUAAAGCUGCAUGGAGCCUAUGAGGGAAUCCAUACUUUGAAGGAGGAGGAAUGGCUCCAGUUCCACGUGAAUCGAGAGUUGGAGACAGAGCUGGGCCUCACUGAGGAGGACAAACGAGAAGUAGUUCCAUCAUCUAUUCCUCUGAAGUCCCUCCCCUCUCAGCAGUCUGCAAACAUCUCUCUCUCUCUGGAGAAGGCCAAAGUGGAUCUGCAAGUGAAGACAUGGGAGAGGAAUAAGGAGGAUCUGGGAGUGCGUCUCUCUCUGGAUGUCCCCUCUCAGGAGAAGGAGUUCCUGCAGAAGAGGAGGAGGACUGUGGCUCUUGCUCUUCAGGCUCUGUUGGGUCUGGAUGCUCCGCCCUCAGACAAACGGGUGCCGACCGUUGCCUUGGUAGCGUCAGGGGGUGGGUCCAGAGCCUGCACUGGGUUCCUGGGCUCUCUGAAGGGUCUGAAGGAGAUCGGAGUCCUGGAUGCCGUCACUUAUAUAACCGCACUGUCUGGGUCCACAUGGGCGAUGUCCACACUCUGCCAGGAGGAGAACUGGUCCCAUAACCUGGAGAACAUCAUCUCCAAAAACAGAAAAGAGUUAACCAAGAAAGCCAACAGUAGCUUCACCCUAGAGAUGAUGCAUUACUACUAUGCAGAGAUGGAGGAGAAGGAGAAACAGGGUCACCUCGUGUCCUACAUUGACAUGGCAGGACUCAUGCUGGAGCACCUUUUGUUUGGACAGAAAAACACCAGUACUCUGUCUGAUCAGCGGAAGACAAUAAAGAAUGGUCAGAACCCUUUCCCCAUUUACACUGCGGUCAAUGCGAAGGAGGUCUCCCACGGACAACAGCCUGAAAAUGAGUGGGUGGAGUUCACUCCGUUCGAGGUGGGUAUGCAGAAAUACGGAGCCUUUGUCAAAACUGAAAACUUUGACUCAGAGUUUUUCCUCGGACAUUUGAUCAAGAAGCUCCCGGAGAUCAGACUGUCUUAUCUCCUCGGGAUCUGGAGCAGUGCUUUCUCGGCAUCUCUGCGCGAUCUCUGGAAGGCUCUAAUUGGAGUGGACCCUGUGAGCUCCAAUAUGGAGCCAGAAGUGGACGUCAUCGAGAAGAACAACCAGGACUCCACUUUGGACACCCUCCGCCUCGGCCCAUUUUCCGGCCUUGCUGAGAAAAUCACCGGAUUCUUCAAAAAACGACCAAUCGUCAACAAGACCUUCAACUUCACCAGAGGACUGACUCUGCACCAUAACUACAACAAGAACAGCAACUUCCUAUCAUGGAAAGAGUCUCACCCGGAUGCCUUCCCAAACGAGUUGACCCCGUCUGACUCAGUCCUUCAUCUCAUUGACUCGGGACAUGCCAUAAAUAUUGGCUGUCCCCCAGUGCUUCGUCCUGAGAGACACGCCGAUGUCAUCAUUGUCCUCAGUUACUCCUGGGACCCUGGCAACAUUUUUGAGGUGCUACAGAAGACGAGCAAGUUCUGUGAGGAGCACCAAGUGGCCUUCCCCUCUGUAGACUAUGCAAAGCUCCAGCAGCAACCAGAGAGAGAAGCGUAUGUGUUUGAGGACCCAGAGAUGCCUACCACUCCCAUCCUAGUGCACCUGCCCCUGGUCAACGCCUCCUAUAGGGAGCACAAGGCCCCAGGUGUGAAGCGUGAGACGGAGGAGGAGCUUGCAGCAGGUCAGGUGGAUGUGAACUCUCCAGCCUCCCCUUACACCACCUCAAACUUCACAUACUCUGAGAAAGACUACGACGCUCUGAUUGACCUCACCCACUACAACAUCCUCCACAGCAGAGAUGCCAUUUUGUCUGCCCUCUCCAAAGCUAUUAGCCGCAAGUGA